AUGACUGGCACUCGGUUGAAGGACUUUUGUUGUUUCGAUUUCUUGGUGCACGUUGUUCGCCUCAGUGAAUGUAGUGCUAUUAAGGUGUUGGACGUGCUUCGACCGUACUUGAACGAAAUGGAACGCGCCGACAUACCUCGCCCUGAAUAUCAGUACUCACGGCUAGAGAUAAACGAUUGUGAGGCGAUGAUAGCGGCCAUGAAGCUGAACACGGAAUUAGCGUCUGCUCCUAAAAAAAACGCAGAUAGGGUGAUGGUCGACGAUGUCGACUAA